AUGGAAGCCGUCGAGAAAAAAAAGGGAGAACCUGACACUGCAUAUGGUUUAUAUGCGCGAGACGUCAAUUCGUUCACUCAAAUAAGGCAAACUUUCCAAAAUUGGAUUGUGAUGUACGGUUCAUUGAAACGUCAAGUAAGCAGCACAGAUCAAUCACCUAAGCCAGCCACACGUGCAAUGUUUUCGACCUCAUUAAGAUUGUACUCUCGUAUAAGGCGAUCCUUCGGGGUAUACAAUCGUUCUUUCGGCACUCAAGCAAUGCUAACUCCAGCUGAACCGCGUAUUUUCGGUCAGCCUACUCCUGAAACACACCCUCAUUUGAUGAAACCGGGUGAAUGUAAUAGAUUUAUAUUAUAG